AAAAAAAAGUCAAAUUGAUUAAGCUGAUUCCUUUUUCCCAGUUAUAAAUACACCAUCAUCCUCUACAAUCUCCAAAAUCAGAAACACAACCACCAAAAUAUGGAGAUUACUUCCACUUGGGUUUCCUGUGCAGCUCCUCUGCUCGCUACCAUAACCCUAAUCCUCCUCGGCCGCCUCAUCCGCCGAAGAAAACUCAACCUACCACCAGGCCCAAAACCAUGGCCUAUAAUCGGAAACCUCAACCUAAUGGGUGAACUCCCUCACCGUUCCCUUGAAGCCCUCUCCAAAAAAUAUGGAUCCCUUAUGCAGGUCAAAUUCGGGUCACACCCUGUGGUUGUGGGCUCUUCAGUAGAAAUGGCCAGAGCCAUCCUCAAAACUCAUGAUCUCAGCUUAGCUGGUCGCCCCAAAACUGCAUCCGGUAAAUAUACUACCUACAAUUACCAGAAUAUUACAUGGGCACCAUACGGACCGUACUGGCGUCAAGCACGUAAACUGUGUCUCAUUGAACUUUUCAGCCCCAAACGUCUAGAUCAGUUUGAGUAUAUACGUGUAGAGGAGAACCUGAAGUUUCUAAACACUCUAUUCCAGAAAAGAGGGAAACCUAUUACCGUAAGAGAUCAUUUUUCUGAUUUGAGUUUUAGUGUAAUUAGUCGUUUAGUGUUAGGAAGAAAAUACAUGGCCGAAUCCGAAGAUGAGAAAGACAUGUUGUCACUCAAGGAACUCAAAGAAGUGCUUGAUGAGAUGUUCUUGCUUAAUGGAGUGUUGGUUAUAGGUGACUUCAUUCCGUGGCUUGCUUUCUUGGAUCUGCAAGGGUAUAUUAAGAGAAUGAAGGCUGUAGCCAAGAAGAUGGAUAUGUUUAUGGAGCAUGCGUUAGAGGAGCAUCAUGCUAGGAGAAAAGGGGUGAAGGACUAUGAGCCCAGGGAUAUGCUAGAUAUCCUUUUGCAGGUAGCUGAUGAUCCCAAUCUUGAGGUCAAGCUCGACAGAAUCGGAGUCAAGGCGUUUACACAGGACUUGAUUAAUGGUGGAACCGAGAGCUCAGCAGUGACAACCGAAUGGGCAUUGGCUGAAAUCAUGAAAAAACCAGAGAUUUUUGACAAGGCAACAGAAGAGUUAGAUAGAGUAAUCGGGAGAGAGAGAUGGGUACAAGAGAAUGACAUUGAUAAUUUACCAUUUAUUAAUGCAAUUGUGAAGGAGACUAUGCGUUUGCAUCCAGUGGCACCAUUACUUGUGCCCAGACUUGCUCGUGAAGAUAUUCAAAUUGCUGGUUAUGAUAUUCCUAAAGGCACUCGUGUUCUUGUAAAUGCUUCAGCUAUAGGGAGGGAUCCAAGCCUCUGGGACAAACCAAAAGAAUUUUGUCCCGAGAGAUUCAUCGGUAAGAGUGUUGAUGUUAAAGGUCAUGAUUUCGAGCUGUUACCAUUUGGAGCUGGAAGGAGGAUAUGUCCUGGGUAUCCUCUAGGGUUAAAGGUGAUUCAAACAAGUGUGGCAAAUCUUUUGCAUGAAUUCAAAUGGAAAUUGCCUAAUAACAUGACAGCCAAGGACUUGAACAUGGAGGAAAUUCUUGGGCUUUCUGCACCCAGAAAAGUCCCGCUUGUUGCUGUUCUGGAGCCUCGGCUUCCAUCAGAGCUUUAUUCCCUAUGAGGCUAUGAUUGUGAUGAGAUUUCUCCAGACUCUUUAAUUUUUUUUCUUUUCAUUUGAAUACUAGUUUGCACUCUUAUCAUUUUAAUUGGUGUGUAUGUUACGUGUUUUCUGUGUAAUCACCAAGGUUGUGAAUUCUAUUUGGGUUGGGUUUA